CGGAGUGUAAAACUAUUCAAAAUGGCGGACGAACCAGUGAAGAAGAAAAGACGUUCAAAAUGGGACCAACCGGCGGCCCCUCUUGACGACAACAGCUCCUCCUCCUCUACUAAUGACAAGGUUGAUCCUAGUGUGUCUGCCGCCUGUGCUGCUGCCCGUAUUAAUGCGAUGCUGGAGGCCAAGGGGAAAAUCAAUAAGAUGGCUUUAGAUGUUAGCGCUAGUAAUGUGGGCGUGUCUAAAGAGGUUCCCCCAGCGGAAAUAGAAAUUAACGACUCGGAAGCAAGGGGUAUUUUGACAAAGGGUCCUACGUUGAGCGAAAUUUCAAGAGGAACUGGAGCAGCUGUGUCUGUUAGAGGACGAUACAUGACACCAGCUGAGAAAGCCAACAGUACAACAGAUGAUCGUCCACUUUAUCUAUCUGUACAAGCACCUAAUCAGUCAUUUAUUAAUGCUGCAGUACAGAAGAUUAGGAAUAUCAUGUACCAGAGUGAGUGUGGCAGUCCCAAUAAUUUAUUAGCUACUAAGCCACACCUACCAAUUAAACCGACCAGUAGCAUUUCCCCUACUAGUGUGCAUCACUACAUUCAGGAUAAAGUGUUCAUUGGUUUAGAUGAUGUUGAUAACUCGUUUGGACUAUUGGACAGACUCCAGGGACCAGAUGGCUGCUAUUUAAGUCACAUAACUAGUACUACCGGAGCUAAAGUCUUUUUGAGAGGGAAAGGAUCCAAGUAUAUUGAACCAACCUCAGGGAAGGAAUCCUUUGAAGCUCUUUAUUUAUUUAUUAGUCAUCCUAGUUCUGAUGGA